AUGAUUAGUACAGCAUUAAAUCAAUUUCCAAAGAUGUUUGGGUUAAGAAAUCUUCAAAAAGAGUUAUAUCCAUACAACUACUAUACUCAAGAACGUAUUCAAAAUAAUAUUGGAACUAUAUCAGAAGCAGGUAAAUAUGAGAUACAAAAAUGGACUGAAGCCGAAUAUAAACUAUUUAAUGAAAAUAUUGAUAAAAUAGAAAGUUGUAAAAUUGAUGAAAAUCAUUUUAAUAUGAUGUUGUAUUGUAAAUUUUACUGUAAUCAAGAUGUAAGAAUAUUAAAAGAAGGACAUACUCAAUUUAGAAUUGAUAAUUUAUCUAGUUUAAAUAUAGAUGUAGAUAAAUUCAUUAGUAUUUCUGCAUUAGCUAACAACUAUUUUACAACACAUGUUUACUCAAAAAUUAAAGAUCUUAAACAAUAUAGUGGUAAAGUUAGAGAAUACAUUCAAGGUACAGUAUAUGGAGGAAGAUGUAUGGCAAGAGACAAUAAAAAAUGGCAUGUAAGAGAUGAAUUAUAUGAUUAUGAUGCUUGUUCUCUAUAUCCUAGUGCUAUUCAUAGAUUAAAGUUAGCAACAGGAAAACCUAUUUUAAUACCAAAGAAUUUACUCAAUUCAACUAUAUUAAAUCACAUAAUGUUAGAACAACAAUUGGAACCUACAAAUGAACGUUAUAUAUUAGCUUUUAUAGUUGAUAUCGAAAUUACUAAGAUAAAUUAG